CCCUCCUCCGCUGAGGGAAACUCUCAGAAACACACUCCACCACAACCUCCACCUUCAGAGCCCUUAAGAGGAACCCACACACACUCAUAUGCACGCGCGCACACGCACACAUGCACACGCUCACGCGCGCGCUCUCAGUGAAAGUCAGGACGCGAGCAUGGCGCAGGGGCACACCGCUCCGCGCGCCUUCACCAAGCGCCGAGUUUAAUCGGAUCGACCUGUAGUCUAGUGCGUGCGUGCGUGUGCGUGUGUGUGUCUGAGAGAGAGAGAGAGAGAGAGAGAGUGUGUGUGUGUGUGUGUGUGUGUGUGUGUGUGUGUGUGUGUGUGUGUGUGUUCUCUCCCGAUAUGAAGCGGAGCUCAGCGCUCGGAUGGCUGCUCUUCUGGACUUUAUUUCCAGCGGGAUCAUUAUUACUAAACCGGGAGAAACCGAAACACUGCAGCAAGGAAGAGACGAGAGAGCUGAACUCGUUCCUGUGGACGGUAAAGCGUCCUCCCCCUCAGCCGCCCUCCUACCUGUUCGGUACGAUCCAUGUGCCGUACACACGCGUGUGGGACUUUGUGCCUGAGAGCUCGAAGCGUGCAUUUCAGAGCAGCACGAGCGUGUUCUUCGAGCUCGACCUCACCGACCCCGUGACCGUGUCCAAGCUGGCCAACUGUCAGCUCUUACCUAACGGCGAGAGCCUGAGGAGUCUGCUGCCUCGGGACAUCUACCUCCGACUGAAGCGCCACCUGGACUACGUGAGGCACAUGAUGCCGGCGUGGGUGAAGGCCGAGCAGCGCUUCUACGCCGACUACCUGUUCAAGGCCAUCGCGGGAGACUGGGAGCGCAAACGGCCUGUCUGGGUGAUGCUGAUGGUGAACUCGCUAACGGAGUGGGACGUGAGGUGGCGUGGAGCGCCUGUUCUCGACCUGUUCCUCGCCCGCGAGGCUGAGCGCAUGGGCAAGAAGACUGGAGCCGUGGAGAACGUUGAGGAGCAGUGUCAUCCGCUGAACGGGCUCAGCUUUUCCCAGGUUCUGUUUGCGCUGAAUCAGACGCUGCGGCAGCAUGAAGGUGUGCGUGAGGGAAGUGUUCAGGGUCCCUUCAGCACCGAGGACCUCAUCACACACUACAACUGUGGAGACCUCAGCUCCAUCAUCUUCAACCACGACACCUCACAGCUCCCACACUUCCUGAACAGUUCUCUGCUGGAUCACGAGCGCUCCACGGCGCAGCAGAUCGACAGCUACCUUCGCCAGGAGCUCAUCUACAAGCGCAACGAGCGAAUGGCGCGCCGCGUCUCCGCCCUCCUUCGGAGGAGCCCCUCCCAGACCUUCUUCUUCGCCUUCGGCGCUGGUCACUUCCUGGGCAACCACAGUGUCCUAGACAUCCUGCGGCAGGAGGGCUAUGAGGUGGAGCACACAUCGGCCCAGGAGCCUGCUACAACGAGCUGGCCAGGGAUGGAAGGUACCACCGUGACACAGAGCGGGGGAGGUCCUGAUGCGAUGACCGAGGGGACGUCAGAACCUCCUGAGGUAGAAGAGGAGCUGCCCCACCUGCUGGAGCCGGACAGUUUGAGUCAGCUGGAGGAGUUUGGGAGGCACCAGCGCCCCCGUAAGGCCCAGAGGCCUCACAGCAGGGAGCGUCUCUUCAGCGACCUGUGGGUGCGAAUCGGAUACAGCACGACUUCACUUCCGGAUAUACGGGAAACCAACAACGACGUGACGACCAGAACUUCUCUAAAGCUGCAGAAAGAUCAACAGAGGAGAAGAUCGUCACUCAGUCAUCGACAGGAGACUCCGCCCCCCAGCUCAACGGGCGUAGCCACGCCCACUCCUGGCUACACGCUGCCUUUUCUGCUCACGUGCCUUCUUAUACAAGUGCUGCUGCUGCUGCGCUUCACGUCUUGACCACAAGAGGGAGCCAGUAAACACACAAUUCACACAUAAAAAUCAUUAGAAACGAUAUAGACGAUUGUUUUUGUAGUAAUGUUGGGUGCAAUUAGCUAUAUAAAACAACAAUAACAACAGCAAGUAAAGCCUGAUUCGAAAUGAAGUACACGUGGACGUCACGUCACGCCACGCACUUGAAGUGAUCGGACGAUUCUCAUACGGAAUAAAAUACACCAGUUCCCAAACAUGACCACAGACCAAAGCUGAGUCUACUCGUCGUUAAUACGCUUUAUACUUAAAUACACUUCACAAACAUUAGUAAGAUUUCCCGUGAAUUAAACUGAUCUAAAUCCAACAAUUCAUUAAUCGUAGUGCCUCAGAUGAAACGAAUCCAGCUCUUCUAGUGCCUUAAAGUGUAGUUUAGGUGAAAUGCUGCUCAAUAAGACCAUAAACAUAUCACCAUCCUCUGAAAAAAAAAAACAAUAUGACAAAGUUCCAUCACCAGCCUCUCUCCAAACGAAUACGACUACAAACAAACAAACAAACAAACAAACAAAAAAGCAUUUUUGUCAUGUCGCAGAGAAAACCGCAAACUGUAAAUACCUCUUCAUCCUGAAGAUGUCAAUGAACAUUAUAGCUUUACCUCGGACUGUCACAAAGCUCUGACACUGGAGACUCCUUCCGUACGUGUUAAAUAAACGUCUCCUUAGGGAAAACUUCACCGUAUCAACAAUCACACGCAUUAAAAAAAAACAAAAAAAAAACAUUUUCCGUACGAGUCCACGUCAACGAGCUGUUACUAUAGAAACGAUAACGUAUUAAAACGAGUGCGUUAAUACAAACCUGACAUUUGCAGCUGCGCUACUAUCAGAGCUGCUGAUAUAGGCCUAGAAAACCUUCGGACCAAUCAGAAGCCAGAAUCUUACAGCGACAUCGCUAAAAUAGUGCCGUGAAAUGGAUGAACAAUUCUGAAGCAAUAAAAUCCACCAUCUUACAAAUAGAAUGAUUGGAUGAAAAAAACAACGAAAGGUUUAACAGCUAAAACAACUCAAAGGGAAUUCAUAAUAAUAAUAAUAAUAAUAAUAAUAAUAAUAAUAAUAAUAAUGUGAUAACUGACAGAGUUCACACACUUUUGUUUUGUACAAUUUGUUCAUAAAGAAAUAUUGUAUAUUUAUUAUUUCUUGGAGAGUAUAUUUUCAUGCAUUUGUCAAA